UUGACUUGUAAUAUAACGAAUUACAAAACAUCGAGUGGAGAUUGUAAAUCACAAAGUAGUUUAAUAGGAUGCGAUGUGAAUGUUACACAAUAUGGAUGCACACGAUGUAAAGAUGGGUAUUUCCAAGUCAACACAAACGAAUGUGAUAAAUGUGACACAACGUGUUUAAUGUGUUCUUCAUAUGGAAUUUGUGAUUCAUGCAUAUCAUCGGAAGUUUUACUUUCAAAUGGAAAAUGUGUUAAUCUCUCUCAAAUAUUAGAAUGCAAUGAAAUAUCAAACUCAAAAUGUAUUAAAUGUUCAUUCUGGAAUGCACCAAGUUUGGAUGGUACCUAUUGUGAAAAACAUACUGUGUGGUGGGUCAUACUUGUUAUUGUUCUAUUUAUUAUUAUUGUACUAACAUUAUUUAUAAUAAUAUUAGUUUAUACAGUAAAGCACAUUUUGAAAAAAAUUCACACAAAAGAGUUGGAAAAAACAACAACAAUAUUUAAAAUGGAAAAAUCAAAUAUUAAUUUUGUACCACUUGCAAACCACAUUUGUGUCUCCUCAAAAACACUUAAUUUCAAUUCAGAAAUCGAUGAGAUCCCAGUUGAAAGUGAGACAAAGAUGGUGUUUUGUGUGGGCAAUGCAUCCAGAAACGUCUCAAAAAUACAAUUUACCAUGACAACACAAAUUGACAAAUUUACAAUAAGGGUAUCACCAAAAGUCGUCAUGUUAAAAAAGAAGUUUGCGUGCGAAUUUUCAAUAUAUUUGACACCAAAGUGCACAUGUCAAAUAAAUAACAAAAUCUGCAUUGUCUCAAAAAAUCUCAAAACGAAUACCGAAAACACAAAUGAAAUUCUAAUGAUUGGAGUAACAAGUCAAUCAACUCGCAUAGACUACGAAGAGUUGAUCGAAGAGUCUAAAUUGGGAGAAGGGUCUUUUGGUGUCGUUUACAAAGGAAAAUACAGAGGAAACACGGUUGCUAUAAAGAAGAUGAAACAAAGUGGAGAAAACAACACUUUAAAUAACGAUAAAAAUGAUGAAGAAUUUGAAAAGGAAGUUGCGAUGUUAGACAAAUUUAGGUGUGAGUAUAUAGUCCACUUUUAUGGCGCAGUGUUAAUACCAAGUAAAAUGUGUUUGGUCACCGAAUUUGCGCAACAUGGGUGUUUGAGUAAUGUUAUGAAAAAGUUUAAAAAGUGUGAUAUACAACAAAAAAUGAAAAUUAAAAUGAUGAUUGACAUAACGUAUGGUAUAUCAUAUUUACAUAUAAAUGGGAUUUUGCACAGAGACAUCAAGCCUGACAAUGUCCUGGUAUUUUCUUUUGAUCACAACAACAAGGUGAACGCCAAAUUGACUGAUUUUGGAUCAAGUCGAAACAUUAAUAUGUUAAUGACCAAUAUGACGUUCACAAAGGGUGUUGGGUCUCCAAUUUAUAUGGCGCCUGAAAUAUUAAAAAGAGAAAAAUACAAAAAGAGUGCCGAUGUAUUUUCAUUAGCAAUAACAAUGUAUGAAUGUUUUACAUGGACUAACGCAUACCCCAAAGAACAAUUCAAGUUUCCAUGGACAAUUGCAGAGUUUGUGAUUAAAGGGUUGAGAUUGCCAAAGCCAGAUGAAAUGAGUCAAGGUGUAUACAAUAUCAUUGUCGGGUGUUGGGACAAUGAACCAAAGAAGAGAAGUUUAACAGAAAAUAUUUUAGAUGAACUCGAAACAAUAUUUAAAUCUAUUCACUAA